AAUACAGUUGUGAAUAUGGCUCGCUCAAGUUUUAUGCUCUCUGUGGCGUUGGUGGGGUCCUAAGUUGUGGCCUGACACACACUGCUGUUGUACCUCUGGAUUUAGUGAAAUGUCGUAUGCAGGUUGAUCCACAAAAAUACAAGAGCAUCUUCAACGGAUUUUCAGUGACAGUCAAGGAAGAUGGCGUACGUGGCUUGGCUAAGGGAUGGGCUCCAACCUUCUUCGGAUAUUCCAUGCAGGGGCUUUGUAAAUUUGGUUUCUAUGAAGUUUUCAAAAUUCUAUAUGGCAACAUAAUGGGAGAGGAAAAUGCAUAUUUGUGGCGUACUUCGCUGUAUUUAGCUGCAUCUGCCAGUGCGGAGUUUUUUGCUGACAUUGCUCUGGCUCCAAUGGAAGCUGCUAAAGUUCGUAUUCAGACACAGCCUGGAUAUGCUAACACUCUACGAGAGGCUAUGCCUAAAAUGUUUGCGGAAGAAGGCAUCUGGGCCUUCUACAAAGGUGUGGCUCCACUAUGGAUGAGGCAGAUUCCAUACACAAUGAUGAAAUUUGCCUGUUUUGAACGUACUGUUGAAGCUCUCUACAAGUACGUCGUUCCUAAGCCGCGAAGUGAAUGUUCAAAAGGAGAACAGCUGGUAGUCACCUUUGUUGCAGGCUAUAUUGCUGGUGUGUUCUGUGCAAUUGUUUCCCAUCCUGCUGACUCUGUGGUGUCUGUAUUGAACAAAGAAAAGGGCAGUUCUGCUAUGCAGGUUCUCCAGAGGCUUGGAUUCAAAGGUGUAUGGAAAGGUCUGUUUGCUCGUAUCAUUAUGAUCGGUACCCUGACUGCACUACAGUGGUUCAUCUAUGACUCUGUGAAGGUUUAUUUCAGACUUCCUCGUCCACCUCCACCCGAAAUGCCAGAAUCUCUGAAGAAGAAGCUUGGUCUAACUGAAUAGACAACUCAUGGACUGACUGUGCUGGCUGUCCCAGUAAUGAGUUUCAUGAAACUUUUAUAUAUUUGACUAUGUAGAAAACAAACUCUAUAUGAUGUUAUUAUUGGCUGUGCCCUCUUCACACAUGAGGGUUUAACUUCUACCACUGUCAUUGCCUGAAAUAAAUAAGAAACAGAGUGCU